CCCCAGAAUGCACUAAGAAGCUCUGGGACUUUAUGAGGACGCAUGACAGUGUGUCAAUCCUGAUCUUUAAUACUUCUCGGCAGUGCUUUGUUGUGGUGAAGCAGUUCCGCCCAGCUGUUUACAUGUGCGAAGUAGAAAGGCAUUGUCCUCAAGUCUUCCAGAAUCAGGACAAGGAGAACUUCUGUCGUCUAGAAGAUCCUUUACCUGCUGUAGUAGGAGUGACCUAUGAACUCUGUGCUGGCAUUGUAGACAAACCAGACCUUUCUUUAGAAGAAAUAGCAUGUGAAGAAGUCUUAGAAGAGUGUGGCUAUUGUGUUCCUGUUACAGAGCUAAGGAGGAUCACCUCUUACAGAUCUGGAGUUGGUGUGACAGGUUCUAGGCACACCUUAUUUUAUGCAGAAGUAACAGACCAGAUGAAAACCGGUGAAGGAGGUGGCCAGUCUGAAGAAGGAGAGCUGAUAGAAGCUGUAGAAAUACCUUUAGAAGACUCCAUGAAGUUUGCUUUUGAUGAGAAUCUCCCAAAGACACCAGGUGUCAUUUUUGGCUUUGUGUGGUUCCAAAACAACAUAGCACCUAAGCUACCAAAACAAUAAAAUCAAAGCACCGUAAUUUUGAGGAAAGCUUUCCCACUCGUUCUAUGUGUACAGAAAACUGCACUGCAAGUCUGCCUGCGUUAAUCAACCCAAAUUAU